AUGAGGUCAUGCCCGCCCCCGGUGCGCCUGUCUCCCGGCUGGAGCGGCGCGCGGGCGGCCCCGGAGGACAAUGCGGCCCCCGGGUGGCGAUUAGGCGCCCCGCCCCCGCCCAGGCACCAGGCGGGGAGCCCGCAGCCCCCGCAGCGCCCCGCAGGCCCGGCGCGAGGGAGCGCAGGCGGCGGGCCUGAGGCCACAAAAGGACUCCGCCGAGCGCGCUCCACAGGCCCGCGGGGGGAGGGGGCGGGGCGGGAGCGAGGGCGGUGUCUGCGUGCUCCCCGGCCGCGCGCCCCGCCUCCCCGGCCCCGCGCGGCGCUAGCGGCUCUCCUGCGCGGCUGCGGCGCCGCCUGCACUCGGCCCGCGGGCGGGCUUCCUCCCAGAGCGGCUGGGCGCUCCCGUAGGGCGACGACGCACAGCCGGCGGCCCGCCCGCCUCGGCCCCCGCCCUCGCAGCCUCGCGGCCUCCGCCGCGUCUCCCGCGCUCGGCCGGCGCCGCCGCUUUGUGCGGGGACAUGGUGUAGCGCCGGCCGCCGGAGGAGGAGCCGCGCGCCGGCCGCCGUCCGCCGUCCGCCAGCCGCGUCCCCGCCCCCGGAGGAGAGGCCCCGGCUCGCGCCCCCCCGCGUCCCCGGCCGCCGGGGAGCCGCGGGCCGCCGGCACCAUGAGUGAACAGAGUAUCUGUCAGGCAAGAGCUGCUGUGAUGGUUUAUGAUGACGCCAACAAGAAGUGGGUACCAGCUGGCGGCUCAGCUGGGUUCAGCAGGGUUCACAUAUACCACCACACAGGCAACAACACGUUCCGAGUGGUGGGCAGGAAGAUUCAGGACCAUCAGGAGGCCUGA